GUGCUGUGACGAAGAUGGUUGUUUGCGGAGUAAUAUCAUUUUCGACUCUAUUUUUGUGCCUGUUCCAAGGUGUAACCAGUUUGAAAGACGUUCAGCUCCUAGUCGAACCUUCAACCGUUAUCAAAGGAGGAACAGCAGCUCUCAUUUGCUACAGAGACAUGCAAGGCGCGCCGUUAUACUCCGUCAAGUGGUAUCGUGGCAACCACGAAUUCUUCAGGUACACUCCUUUAGAGGUGCCUGAAACAAGAGUAUUUGGACUGCCAGGGAUUUAUGUUGAUAUGAAUCGUUCCAAUGGUACCCAAGUACUACUCCGGCGCUUGGAACUCGGUCUCGCCGGGAAUUUCUCUUGCGAAGUAACGGCUGACUCCCCAUCCUUCGCGACGCAGAUAGCUACGAAGUUCAUCGAUGUUAUAGCGUUACCAACUGCGUUGCCUGUGCUCGUAACUGACAAAGACCACUAUCAGCCCGGAGAGACGUUGCGAGCGAACUGCACAUCACCUCCGUCGAGACCAGCUACCAAUCUCACAAUUUAUGUGAACGAGGAACCGAUCAGUGCAUCAGAAACCAGCCUGCAUCCAUCAGACAGCGGUCUACUAUAUGCGAAAGUCAACGUGGACUUGAAAGUGACUCCUGAACUAUUCCCUGGAGGAAGACUGAGGGUGGCCUGUUACGCGACUUUAUACGAAGUUUAUAAUCAAUCUGCGAAGCUCGACUUCUUGACUCCAGAAACAGAUCCCAGACCCGAGAGAAUAACUCUUGGUGGUGGUGCAUCCAUGUGCUUCCUGAACUGGAUUCUACUGCUGUUCUUAGUCUUUCUACCGAUGCUCGUGAGGGGAGAAGACUACGGUCUUCUAGACGACGAACUAAACAGCCAAUUUUCGUAUUAUGACGAGGGAAGUGACCAAAACGCUCUCAUUUCUCUGGUUGGUGGGUAAAC